GCAAAUCGCGUAAUAGUAUUAUCAAUUUUAUCAUCGAACCGAAAGAAGAGAAUAAAAAGGAAAAAUCAUAGGUCAAUCUUUUUUUUCUUCCUCGCGUUCGUGGUUCGAUCUAAAUCCAAUGGAGCCGUCAGAGUACGUCGUCAAGAGGAGGAGAGAAAUAACGAUAACAACAGAAGCAGAAGCAGAAGCAGCAGCAGCACCACCACCACUGGAUUGAUGUCUCCUCCAAUCAGGAGCAGCAGCAACAACAACAGCAUCCCUAAUAAACCCCAUCAUCAUCACAGACCCGCCUUACUCCCUGAUCUCUUCUUAACGGCUCUCUCCCUUCUCUUCAUCUUCUCUUCCACUUCCCCUAAACUUCACCAUCUCAUCCUUAAAAUCCCUCCUUUCUCUCUACCUCCCGUCCCACGUCGCCUCUUCCUCAAAAGCCCUAUUACCAUUAUGUCUCAAACCAAGCCAAAGGACCCCAACCUCAACCACUUCUCCACCCCACAAUCCCUCUCCGAUUGGCUCAAGCCGCGUUUGCCUUCCGACUCUUUCUCCUCUUGGGGGGUCAAGCCCGGCACCAAGAACGUCCACAAUCUCUGGCUCGAGCUCUCCCAGGGCGAGACCUCUCUUCUCGAUUCCACCCCUCCCCUCCGCACCGUUCACGUCGCCACAGUCCGAAUUCUCGACUCCCAUGGUAGGGUUCUCCUUGAAUCCCACCAAGAACUGUCGGACGGCACCGUCCGAGAACGAUGCCGACCCUUAUCUGAAAAAAUGAAGCCUGGUGAGAGCAUUGAAGAUGCGGUCGCGAGGGCCGUAAGCGAGGAGCUUGGUUCCAUAAUUCGGGCUUCCUAUGGCAACGUCGAUGUCAGUGGCCUCGUCAGGAUCGUGCCUGGUUCAUACCAGACAAAGGUGGAGGAGCGGGUUUCGGCGUCGUAUCCGGGUUUGCCUGCUCGAUAUGUUUUGCAUUCGGUGGAUGCGUGGGUCGAGGGGUUGCCCAAAGGGGACUUCUGUACAGAGGAGGAGGAGGAGUACGGGGAUUCUUGUGACACUAAGAUUGCAGAGAAGGCCGUCUUUGUAAAGAGGCAUUUUUGGAAAUGGAUUGGCCCUGAUUCUUCUGUUUGUUGAUGUUACCGUAGAAGGUUAGUUGUUGUCUGGUGAAUUUGAGCUUAUCUUCUCAUCAUUUUUGUUUGCCUUUUCUUUUCUUUUCUUUUCUUUUCUUUUUGCCCAUGUUUCAUCUACUAUUAUUCAUUUUCUGAGUUUGUACAAGUGCAAUGAUACUUACAACUAUCACAUCUGUUUUAUCUCUCCAAUAAUCUCUGUUACAAUUGAAACAUAAAGCUUAUCGAAUGAAACAAUACAUGUACGUUCUUUAUCAA